AUGACAAUUGAGGUGAAGAGUUGGCCUUAUAGUUUUCCGGCAUCUGAGGAUUUUCCGAAAUCAAAUGAACGAGGCAAUGUUUAUGGGAAACUACUCGUUCGCGAUAGAUCAGACUAUCCCUUACUGUUUCCAGAAGAUGUUCUAAAAAAAGCAGAAGCGACUGAGGUUUUAGAGACCCCUAAGCUUGAUGCUAAGAUUUCAUCUAAACCCUCAAAGUGUACCACAAAGACUCAAGGGUUUCAAGACCCAUCUUACUCAACACAUCCAAGCAAGAAUAUGAUAAAACCAGUUCCUCCUUAUGUUCCUUACCCCCAAAAGUUGAGGAACCAGAAAGAGGAAUUGCAUUUUAAGAAGUUCUUGGAUGUGUUCAAAGAAUUGCACAUCAACAUACCACUUGUUGAGGCAAUYGAGCAAAURCCUAGUUAUGCUAAGUUCCUCAAGGACAUCUUAAGUAAGAAGAAGAAGCUGACCGAGUAUGAAACCGUAGCUCUUACUGAAGGAUGUAGUGCACUUUUGACCAACAAGAUACCUCCUAAGCUUAAAGACCCCGGAAGUUUCACUAUUCCUUGUUUUAUAGGUGGGAAAGAGAUUGGGAAAGCUUUGUGCGACUUAGGUGCUAGUAUCAUCCUCAUGCCUUUAUCCGUUUUCAAUACCUUAGGCAUAGGAGAGGCUAGACCUACCACUGUUACACUUCAAUUGGCCAACAAAUCCAUUGCGUACCCUAAGGGAAAGAUUGAGGAUGUUUUAGUGCAAGUUGUCAAGUUCAUAUUUUUGGCAGAUUUUAUCAUCUUAGACUUUGAGGCUGAUAAGAACAUUCCUAUCAUUUUAGGGAGACCAUUCCUAGCCACCGGAAGAACUUUGAUAGAUAUCCAGAAAGGAGAGCGACUAUGA